AUGGGUGAUGCCACGGUGACGCCAACUGUGACAGUCAGCGUGAGCCAGGGUGACGCCCAGGGUGACCCCAGCUGUGGCAGUCAGUGUGAACCAAUGGGUGUUGCCACGGUGACGCCAACUGUGACAGUCAGCGUGAGCCAGGGUGACGCCCAGGGUGACCCCAGCUGUGGCAGUCAGUGUGAGCCAGGCGGCGAGAGUGGCCUCCUGGGCCGUCCGACAAGAAUUGACGCGGAUGCCCUCUGGAUCGGGAGCCUGGAUGAUUACUAUCAUUUUUAUCACAGUAAGACCUUUAAAAGGUCCACGCGGAGCAGCCGAGGCCCUCACACCUUCCUCAGAAUGGACCCCCAGGUGACAUGGCUGCAGCAGCAGCAGGUUAGACGCCGGGUGAAGAGGCAGGUGCGGAGCGACCCCCAGGCCCUGUAUUUCAACGACCCCAUCUGGUCCAACAUGUGGUACAUGCACUGCGGCGACAGACACAGCCGCUGUCGAUCGGACAUGAAUGUCCAGGCGGCAUGGAAGAGAGGCUACACGGGGAAGAACGUGGUGGUCACCAUCCUGGACGACGGCAUAGAGAGGCAUCACCCCGACCUGGCCCCGAACUACGACCCCUACGCCAGUUACGACGUCAACGGAAAUGACUACGACCCGUCUCCACGGUACGACGCCAGCAACGAAAACAAGGCGGCGGACGGUCCCGGAGCCUCCGAGGGGCCCGACUUCAGCCACGUGCUGGUAUCCGGGCGGGACAUGCUGGUGGCUGUCACGGCCCCUGCUUCCCCGUCGAGAGGCCGGGGCGUCCGCAUGCUGGACGGCGACGUCACCGACGUGGUGGAGGCCAAGUCCCUGGGCAUCAGGCCCGGCUACAUCGACAUCUACAGCGCGAGCUGGGGGCCGGACGACGACGGGAAGACGGUGGACGGGCCGGGCCGCCUGGCCAAGCAGGCCUUCGAGUACGGCGUCAAAAAGGGCCGGCACGGCCUGGGCUCCAUCUUCGUCUGGGCGUCCGGGAACGGCGGGCGGGAAGGUGACCACUGCUCCUGUGACGGCUACACGAACAGCAUCUACACCAUCUCCGUGAGCAGCACGACCGAGAACGGCCACCGGCCGUGGUACCUGGAGGAGUGCGCGUCCACGCUGGCCACCACCUACAGCAGCGGCGCCUUCUACGAGCGGAAAAUCGUCACCACGGAUCUGCACCAGCGCUGCACGGACGGCCACACGGGCACCUCGGUGUCGGCCCCCAUGGUGGCGGGGAUCAUCGCCCUGGCCUUGGAAGCGAACAGCCAGUUAACCUGGAGGGACGUCCAGCACCUGCUGGUGAAGACAUCCAGGCCGGCCCACCUGAAAGCCAACGACUGGACGGUCAAUGGUGCCGGCCACAAAGUGAGCCAUCUCUAUGGGUUCGGCUUGGUGGACGCGGAGGCCCUGGUCGUGGAGGCGCAGAAGUGGACAGCAGUGCCCGCGCAGCACGUGUGCGUCGCCGUGGCCGACAAGAGGACCAGGAGCAUCCCCGUGGUGCAGACGCUGCGCACCACCGCCCUGACCACGGCCUGCGCCGAGCGCUCGGACCAGCACGUGGGCUACCUGGAGCACGUGGUGGCCCGCAUCUCCAUCUCCCACCCCCGCCGCGGAGACCUCCAGAUCUACCUGAUCUCUCCCUCGGGGACCAAGACUCAACUUCUGGCAAAGAGGCUGCUGGACCAUUCCAACGAAGGCUUUUCCAACUGGGAGUUCAUGUCCGUGCACUCGUGGGGAGAGAAGGCCGAGGGCGUGUGGACGCUGGAGAUCCAGGACGUGCCAGCCCAGGUCCGCGACCCGGACAAGCAAGGGAAGCUGAAAGAAUGGAGCCUCGUCCUGUACGGCACCGCCGAGCACCCGCACGGCGCCUCCGGCUGCCACGGGUCAUGCUCCCAGAUGCUGGAGCCGUCCACCCCGGAGCUGGAGCCACCCACGGCCACUCCGUCACUGUCCCAGGCCGAGGUUCCCGAGGACGAGGGGGACUACGCAGGCGUGUGCCAUCCGGAGUGUGGGGACAAAGGCUGUGAUGGCGCCGGCGCAGACCAGUGCUUGAACUGCGUCCACUUCAGCCUGGGGAACAGCAAGACCAACAGGAAGUGCGUUAGCACGUGCCCCUUGGGCUACUUCGGGGACACAGGAGCGAGACGCUGUCACCGGUGCCACCGGGGGUGUGAGACCUGCACGGGUAGGAGCCCGACCCAGUGCCUGUCCUGCCGGCGUGGACUCUACCACCAUCAGGAGACGAACACCUGCGUGACCCUCUGUCCUGCCGGGCUUUAUGCUGACGAAAGCCCCCAGGUGGCGACGGUGCUGCUGGCCCUGGUACCAGGGGCCUGGCCCUCCCCCCACGGCCCGGCCUCCCUUCCGCCCGAAACGGCCAGCAGAGCUGAAGUGUCCCUCCCAGGGCCCCCGGCACCCCUGCCCCGGUCGACCAUCGUAGCGACCUGUGACUUAGGUGUCGUCGCUGCCCGCUUUCCAUCAGGGGAGACCGCUUCCCCGGGAAGCGCGCUGUCGCCGCUACACGCUUACAAAGUGCAUGUCGAGCGCAGUGUAACCUCGGGGACUGAAGACACCGAGCAGCUGACGUUCGUUCGCACUGUUGUGCGCCAGGCACUGCUCGGUGUUUGGGGGGUUACUGCCACGUCGCCCUCACAGCAGCUUUAUGCGGAGAGGAGCCAUCACAGAGGCGGACAGACCCGAGCACUUGACCUUCUGCUCCAGGCCCAGGCCACGGGGGCUUUGGGGUGGAGCCUGCGGCCACCACGCCCCGCAGGCGGAGGUCUGCUUCCAGGCCCAGCGUGGAGCCGGCCUCGGGCCAGCCUUUCCCGCUCUCACUGGCUCGGGACCUCAUGUGACACCAAGACCUGUGCUUUCCCAACUUCCUUUCCUGUCGCGAAAGGCGUUCGAUGGCAGAUCGCAAUUCGGAAGGGAUCUAAAAACCGUUUUUCUUUUUCCUCCCACAGCCUCGCACGGGGCAGCUGCAUCCCGGACUGCGAACCGGGCACCUUCUUCGAUUCGGAGCUGGUCAGAUGCAGCGCGUGCCAUCACGCCUGCCGGACCUGCGUGGGGCCCAGCAGAGAAGAGUGCAUUCACUGCGCCCCGAACUUCCUCUUCCAAGACUGGAGGUGCGUGCCAGCCUGCAGCGAGGGCUUCUUCCCCGAGGACACGCCUGGCCUGCCCCACAGAGUGUGCCGAAGGUGCGACGAGAACUGCUUGAGUUGCGAAGGUUCCAGCAGAAACUGUAGCCGGUGCAGGACAGGCUUCACGCAGCUGGGGACCUCGUGCGUCACUAACCACACCUGCGGCAACGGUGAGCCCCGCGGGUGGCGGCCGGGCCGCCGUGGGAGAGCGGUGGCCCUCGGCGCAGGCGUCCCGGGGGCUCCUUCCUCGCAGGCCUCCGACGCCGACCGCGGCCACUUCCCGCCGCCAACCCAGCCGCUGCUGCUUGGUUUGUUGAGUGACCUUAGAAACCAGUUUGUCCUCGUGCCGCUCCCACUGUGGCGCGUGAGCCCAGGCUGCCCGUGCGCGGCGCCUUCGCGGGCAAGGCCGGCCUCGGGGGGUCAGAGUCGGGAGGCCUGA